GGGGAGGCUUUCACUCUCGCCAGCAGCUACAAAUCCCUGCGGAAAAGGCUUCGCGGUAACUGGAAGGUUCAGAGCUUAAAAGAUGAGAUCACAUCUGAGAAACUGUUUGGGGUGAAAUUGUGGAUUACGGCAGGCCCAAGAGAAAAGUUCAGUGCUGCUGAGUUCUCUGUUCUGAAAAAAUUCCUGGAGGAUGGUGGAGCCAUCCUGGUGAUGCUGAGAGAAGGUGGAGAGUCCCGAUAUGGCACAAAUAUUAACUUUUUGUUAGAAGAGUAUGGGAUCGUUUUUAAUAAUGAUGCUGUAGUACGAAAUGUUUAUUACAAGUACCACCACCCAAAAGAAGCGCUAAUCUCUGAUGGAGUUUUGAAUAGGGGAAUCAGCGAAGCUGCAAGAAAAACGGUGCUUGAGACAACAGAUGAAGAUGGAAGUGGAUGUGACUCACAAGCUCUCACUUUUGUGUAUCCAUUUGGUGCCACACUGAAUGUGAUGAAGCCAGCAGUGGCUAUUCUGUCAACAGGAUCUGUCUGCUUCCCACUCAACAGGCCUAUUCUUGCUUUCUAUCAGCAUGAGAAUCAAGGUGGAAAGAUGGCAGCGCUGGGCUCUUCCCACAUGUUCAGUGAUCAGUAUUUAGAUAAAGAAGAAAAUGGGAAGAUUAUGGAUGUGCUUUUCCAAUGGCUCACAACAUCAGAUAUCCGUUUGAACCAGAUGGAUAAGGAGGACCCUGAGAUUUCAGACUAUACCAUGCUCCCAGAUACAGCCGCACUGUCUGAGCAACUGCGAGUCUGUCUGCAGGAAGGAGAUGAGAACCCAAGAGACUUCACAAAGCUGUUUGAUAUGUCCCUUUAUCAGAUGGAUACAACUGCCCUCCCUUCAGUUAUCAAAGCUUAUGAACAGCUGAAUGUGAAACAUGAACCUCUCCAACUCAUUCAGCCUCAGUUUGAGACUCCACUACCUGUUCUCCAGCCAGCUGUUUUUCCACCUGCUUUCAGAGAAUUGCCUCCCCCCCCUCUGGAGCUGUUUGACUUGGAUGAAACUUUUUCUUCUGAGAAAGCUCGUCUUGCAGAGAUUACAAACAAAUGUACUGAUGAUGACCUGGAGUUUUAUGUACGAAAAUGUGGCGAUAUCCUAGGAGUAACAAGUAAACUCCCAAAGGACAAGCAAGAUGCCAAACAUAUUCUGGAGCACAUCUUUUUCCAAGUGGUUGAGUUUAAGAAACUGAACCAGGAACAUGAUACUGACACAAGUGAAGCUGGAUUCCAGAUUGGUCACUGA